ACGAGGUAGACGUAGAAUCCCCUUUUAAUUUUUAGCUUAUUCUUUUGUGUCAUCCCAUGUCUACAUCGUACUGCACAUCGGCCUCCGUUCGCACGCACAAGCUUUCGAGAGCAGAAUAGAAAUCCGCCGCACUUUAGCACUCGAUGAUCACAACAAGCAAGACAACAGAACCACCAUGAUGAACGACUACUAUCAAAACUCGGACUAUGACUUUGGUGGCCCUGUCGACCCUGGCAAUGAAGAGAACAUUGUGUCUCCAGAGGCUGUGCCAGGAGGAUUGCGAGCAAGGCCCGAGGUAGAUUUCAAUGAUAAGAAGAUUGGAACCCUUCCCAAGAUCUUGUUGAUGGGGCCUAGGCGUAGUGGAAAGACCAGCAUACAGAGAGUUGUGUUCCAGAAAAUGUCUCCCCACGAAACUCUCUUUCGCUUGGAGGCGACACAAGAACUGGAGCGAUCUGUGGUGGAUCAUACAUCUCUGUGUCGAUUCACUAUCUGGGACUUUCCUGGAGACUAUUAUGCACUCCCGGACGAUUUGGAAGCCACCAAUAAUGAUACCACUAAUAAUGCAGAAGAAACCAAACGAACCAUCUUCCAGGGCAGCACGUCCUUGCUCUUUGUGGUGGAUGCGCAAGAUGAACCAUACGAUCACGUCUUGCAAUCAUUCACUAAUGCCGUCACACAGGCACUCACUGUCAACCCCAGCAUUUGUGUCGAAGUAUUCAUCAACAAGGUAGACGGGGAACUCUUCCUCAGUGAUGAAUCCAAAUACGACUGUCGGAGAGAUAUUAUGAGUCAAGUCACCGAUGAACUGGCCGAAGCUGGAGUCAGCCCCGACAAUUUACACAUUCGAUAUCACUUGACCAGCAUUUAUGAUCAUUCCAUCUAUGAGGCAUUGAGUCGAGUGGUCCAACGUCUCAUUCCGCAGCUGCCCACUCUGGAAAACUUGUUGAACGUACUUGUCAGUACCUGUUCCAUGGAAAAGGCAUAUCUAUUCGAUGUCGUCAGCAAGCUAUACAUUAGCACGGAUUCUGGUCCUGUCGAUAUGCAGUCAGUGGAGCUUUGUAGCGAUAUGAUUGAUGUUGUGCUUGAUGUCAGUGGCAUCUAUGGGCUCGGACCGGAAAAUCCUCCACCGGGUGAAGAUCAACCGGCAAUCAGCAAUGGGGAGGGAGAGAGAUCAGGAGACAAGCAACUCGUUGUUGACCCUCUGCUCCCAAGCACCCUCGCAAGUCAAGUGCAAUCGGAUGAUAUUGAUGAUGGCAUCAUUCAUCCAGACUCUGCCUAUGACAGUGAAAGUGCUAGUGUUAUUCGUCUAAGCAAUGGAAUGGUGUUGUAUCUGAAAGAAGUUGAUACCAUGUUGGCUCUUGUUUGCAUUACUCGAUCAGAGAACUUCAGGAAAAAGAGCAUGAUCAACCACAACAUUGGACAAAUCAAGAAAGCAUUGCAUGCUCUGGUUUAGCUUGUGCUUUCUGGUGUAUGUUUUGGGUGCAUUUGUCUAGUCGUCACUAUGAUGAUAGUUGUUCAGUAUAGAUCUAAACUUGUCUAGCUAGUGGUCAUUGGUCUUGCUUUAUUCACACAAAAAGUUGGUUGGUUAAAAAAAGCUGAAGAGAUCUCUGCAUAGCUAGUGCCAGCAGAUCAAUAUCAUGGUCAUGCAUGAUCAGCUCUUCGCACCUCAAUUGCCUUUUUUUUAAAAACCACUCAUUUCUGUCUC